CCUUGCCUCGGGUGUAGGGAUUGCAAGGGAAAAAGCAAAACUACACAGCUAAAAUCCUGUGUAGUUUUGUUUUUUGGAAUAUUUCGAGGCUCAACCAUUCUCACACUGUGUUUUCUGAAAUCAUAUUUGAAUAAGGACUUUGUUUCAGAAGACAAACUCCUUGGGCUUCGUCCCUCCAGUUCAAGGCACUCUUGUGGAUACAAGGUGCAUUCCACCAUGUCAACACAGACACCAACAUUUACACAACCCCUUCAGAGCGCUGUGGCACUUGAGGGUAGUGCAGCAACGUUUGAAGCUCAAGUUAGUGGUAAUCCAGUUCCAGAGGUGAGCUGGUUUCGUGAUGGCCAGGUUCUUACUGCUGCAGCUCUGCCUGGCGCUCAGAUCUCUUUCAGCGAUGGUCGUGCUGUUCUGAUGAUCCCUGCCGUGACAGCCGCACACAGUGGAAGAUUUUCUGUGAGAGCCACCAAUGGCGCUGGACAAGCCACUAGCACCGCUGAACUGCUGGUUACAGCUGAAACCGUACCACCAAACUUCCUUCAGAGACUACAAAGUAUGACCGUAAGACAAGGAAGCCAAGUGAGACUGGAUGUUCAAGUUACAGGAAUCCCUACACCUGUGGUGAAGUUCUAUAGAGAGGGAGCUGAGAUUCAGAGCUCUGCUGACUUUCAGAUUGUUCAAGAAGGAGACCUUUACAGUUUGUUGAUUGCAGAAGCCUUCCCAGAAGAUUCUGGAACUUAUUCUGUCAGUGCUUCAAACAGCAGUGGGCGUGCAACUUCAACUGCUGAGCUGCUUGUUCAGGGUGAUGAAGCAGUACCUGCAAAGAAGUCAAAAACAAUAAUUUCAGCUUCACAGACCCGACAGACAAGAGUGGAGAAGAAAAUGGAGGCUCAUUAUGAAACUUCUGCCACAACCAUGAAGCACAUGCAAGUAGAGGGAGGUGUCGUGACCCAGCAGCUAGCACAUAAGACACCACCUCGUGUGCCCCCUAAACCAACCACCAAAUCCCCCCCUUCAAAACUGACUAAAGUGGCAGGCGCUCGCCAACAGUCUCCCUCUCCUGUGAGGCAUGUGAAGGGUCCUACACCCACUCCUGUCAGAGCUGGGUCUCCCUCUAUGAGACUGUCUGUUUCCCCAAUCAGACCUGUCAAGUCCCCUGUGAUGACCCGCAAACAGGUUGCACAAACCUCUGAUGUCCUUCCUCCAUGGAAACUGGAGGGCUCUGUUUCAGAGGCCAGCUACACCAGCAUAACUGCAGGAGCAACACAAGUCCAGACCACCUAUGUCCAAAUGGAUCAACGCUCUAUUCAGCAACAAACUGGCGCUGUCAUAGGGGUUGUUGAGACUGCAGCAAUCCCCUCAGCUAUCAAAGAGCCAGUUAGGCCACCUACCAUGAUAGCAGGUUUGAAAAACGUGACUGUCACUGAGGGAGAGUCUGUGACUCUGGAGUGCCAGAUUUCAGGCCACCCCACCCCAGCCAUUAUGUGGUUUAGAGAGGAUUAUAGAAUUGAAAACUCCAUUGAUUUCCAGAUUACUUAUGAAAAUAGCUAUGCCCGCUUGGUGAUCCGCGAAGCCUUUGUUGAAGACAGUGGUCGAUUUACAUGCACUGCUACCAGCGAGGCUGGAACUAUCAGAAGCUCCUGCUACCUGCUUGUCAAAGUGUCUGAGGAGAUUGAAAGCAGAGAGGAGAUUACUGUCCAGAAUGAACAGACUGACAUUGAAGCCAAAGAGGACACCAUGUCUGAAGUUUCCAUAGACACUGGAACCCCUGCAGCUCCAUUUUUUGUGAAGAAGCCAGUGGUUCAGAAACUAGUCGAGGGUGGCAGUGUUGUCUUUGAGUGCCAGAUCGGAGGCAGCCCUAAACCCCAUAUUUACUGGAAGAAGAGUGGAGUUCUACUCACUACUGGAUACAGAUAUAGAGUUAGCUAUAACAAGGACACAGGGCAAUGCAAUUUGGAGAUUUCUAUGACAUUUGCUGAUGAUGCUGGAGACUACACCAUCUUCGCCAAAAACCAACAUGGAGAGGCCUCUGCUUCCACAAGCCUCCUUGAGGAAGAGGAAUUUGAAUCCUAUAUGAAGAAACAGGAUGUGACAUACACAACGGAAGUGACAACAGUGGCACAGGAAUCCAAAGUGGCGGAUGUGCCCCCUUUUGUAAGUGAAUAUGAAAAAGUGCUUAUGCAGCGGAGGAUGGCUCAACAAACACGAAUGAUGCAGUCCUUCAUCUCAGAAAUGGAGUUUCAAAUUUCUGCAGUCGAGCAAAGAAUGAUCCAAGAGAUUGAAAUCCGCAUCCUUAAAAUAACAUACCAAGAGAUUGUGAUGGAAGAUGGUGAGGAGAUGGUCAUGAAUAUUGCCGAGGAUGAGGUUGUCGGAUCCUCAUUUAGCACUCCAGUCAAAAGCUACAGAAUUUUGGAAGGAAUGGGUGUCAUUUUCCAUUGCAAGAUGGAAGGAAAACCAUUGCCAAAGAUUGCCUGGUAUAAAGAUGGCAAGCACAUUAGGCACGGAGGCCACUAUCAGAUGGAGCUUCUUCAGGAUGGCAGAGCCAGUCUACGCCUUCCUGUGGUGCUGCCAGAAGAUGAGGGCAUUUAUACUGCAUUUGCCAGCAAUAUGAAGAGUAACGCUGUCAGUUCCGGAAAGCUCUAUGUGGAGUCCACUGCAGCUGCUCAGCCUUACUACCCUCAGACCGAAGCAGUAAGGAGAGUACAGUCUUCAUCUCCAAUGUCUGCACCCUCAACUAGCUACUCCCCUGGUUGUUCUCCUGCACGGUCUAUUAGCCGUUCUCCUGCUCGUAGACUUGAUGACACAGAUGAGUCCCAACUGGAGAGGCUGUAUAAGCCUGUGUUUGUACAGAAGCCAUCAUCCUUCAGGUGUUCUGAGGGACAGACUGCAAGGUUUGAUCUGAAAGUAGUUGGAAGACCCAUGCCUGACACAUACUGGUUCCAAAACGGGCAACAAGUGGUCAAUGACUACACCCACAAGAUUGUUGUAAAGGAAGAUGGAACUCAGUCAAUGAUUGUAGUUCCUGCAAUGCCUCAGGAUUCUGGAGAGUGGAUUGUAGUUGCUCAGAACAGAGCAGGAAAGACAACUGUUUCGAUGACUCUCACUGUUGAAGCAAAGGAAAAUUUGGUCCGACCUCAGUUCAUAGAAAAGCUAAAGAACAUCAGUGUUAAGCAGGGAAGUUUAGUUGAGUUGGCAGUGAAAGCCAUCGGAAACCCACUUCCUGACAUUGUCUGGCUUAAAAACAGUGAUAUUAUCUCUCCUCAAAAAUACCCUCACAUCAAAAUUGAGGGUAUCAAAGGAGAAGCACAUUUCAAGAUUCGACAGACCUUUGCCUCAGACAGUGCAUGGUACACAGCCAUAGCUAUAAACAAAGCUGGCAGAGUUACCACCCGCUGCAGAGUCAAUGUUGAGGUAGAGUUCACCAAACCCGAACCAGAAAGAAGACUCAUCAUUCCCAAAGGGACCUAUAAGGCUAAGGAAAUUGCUCCACCAGUGAUUGAACCUCUGCAUCAUCGCUAUGGCCAGGAACAAUGGGAAGAGGGUGACCUCUAUGACAAGGAAAAGCAACAGAAGCCACAUUUCAAAAAGAAGCUUACUUCCGUCCGAAUUAAGCGAUUUGGUCCUGUGCGCUUUGAGUGUAGACUCACCCCUAUUGGUGACCCAACCAUGAUUGUUGAGUGGCUGCAUGAUGGCAAGCCACUGGAAGCUGCUAACAGGCUGCGCAUGAUCAAUGAGUUUGGUUAUUGCAGUCUUGAUUAUGAAGUUGCUUAUUCCAGAGAUAGUGGUGUCAUUACUUGCAGAGCCACCAACAAGAUUGGUGCUGACCAGACCUCCACAACAUUGAUUGUGAAGGAUGAGAAGAGUCUAGUAGAGGAGAGUCAGCUCCCAGAGGGAAGGAAAGUGCAAAGAAUGGGUGAAAUGGAGCGAAUUGCUCAUGUAACUGGAGAUGAAAUGACUGAGAAUACCAAACCAGAGAUAGUCUUGCUUCCAGAACCCAUACGAGUAUUUGAGGGGCAAACAGCAAAAUAUCGCUGCAGAGUGAUUGGUUACCCAGCUCCCAAAGUCAACUGGUACCUCAAUGGACAGCUCACUCGGAAGAGCAAAAGAUUCAGACUGCACUAUGAUGGUAUUCACUACCUGGAAAUCACAGACUGUAAGUACUAUGAUUCUGGAAAUGUCAAAGUGUUGGCUGAGAACCCAGAGGGUACAGCUGAACACACUGUAAAGCUUGAAAUCCAACAGAAAGAAGACUUCAGGUCAAUUUUGCGCCGUGCUCCUGACAUGAAGGCUCCGGAGGCACCUGGCACUGAACCUGGCCGGGUAUCCUUUGAUAUUGUGAAGGUGGAUAAACCAGUAGAGGCUUCACAAGCAAAAGAGGUUGUUCGACUGAAGAAGGUGGAAAGACUUGUUCAUGAAAUAUCUACAGAAGAGACGGAAGAGCUGCGAAGCAAAUUUAAACGCAGGACUGAAGAGGGGUAUUAUGAAGCCAUAUCCUCUGUUGAGAUGAAGUCUUGUAAGAAGGACGAGGCAUAUGAAGGCAUGUUAAAGAAGAGAAAAGAAGAGCUUUUGCACUGGACCAAAGAGGUGUCUGAGGCUGAAAAGAAGAACGAGGAGGAAGAAAGCAAACUUACCAUUCCUACAAUUAAACCUGAGAAAAUAGCCCUCUCUCCUAGCAUGGAGGCUCCAAAGAUCUUGGAAAGAAUUCAGAGCCAGACAGUUUCUCAGUCUGAUGAAGUUCGCUUCCAUUGUAGGGUUGUUGGUAAACCAGAUCCAGAGUGUCAGUGGUUCAAAAAUGGAAUUUUACUUGAGAAGUCAGAUUGUGUUUAUUGGUACUGGCUUGAGGACCAUGUCUGUGAAUUGGUGAUCAGAGAUGUCUCGGCUGAGGACUCUGCUAGUAUUAUGGUCAAAGCUAUUAACAUAGCUGGUGAGGCCUCAAGUCAUGCCUUCCUGUUGGUGCAAGCCAAGCAAGUCAUAUCUUUUACCCAAACCCUAGAGGAUGCAAAUGCAAAAGAGAAAGACACAAUGGUGACCUUUGAGUGUGAGACAAAUGAGCCAUUUGUCAAGGUCAAAUGGUUGAAGAACAAUGCAGAAAUUUUCUCUGGAGACAAAUACAGAAUGCACUCUGACAGAAAGGUGCACUUCCUGUCUGUGUUGAUAAUCAAUAUGCAAGAUAUUGCAGAGUACACCUGUGUUGUAGCUGACAAUGACCACAUAAGAACUACUGCUAAACUUCAUGUUGAAGGUGCACCAUUGGAAAUUGUGAAAAAUCUGGAAAGUGUUGAAGUGCCCGAGACAUACUCUGGAGAGUUUGAGUGUGAACUGUCCCGUGAGGAUGCUGAAGUUACCUGGUUCUUCGAGAACAAAGAAAUUGCCCCAAGCCUAAAAUAUGUUGUGUCAUCUCGCCGUAGCCGACACACCCUAUCUGUAAAAGAUGUCAGGAAGGAGGACCAGGGAAAAUACACUUUCAAAGUGGGUGAUCUGAAAUCAAGUGCCACACUGAAGAUGAAAUUGCGCCCUGUAACUCUGAUGCAGGGACUCUCUGAUCUGACUGUCUGUGAGGGUGAUAUAGCCCAAUUGGAGGUGCGAUUCUCUCAGGAAAACGUGGAGGGAACAUGGAUGAAAAAUGGUCUGGCUAUCUCUGCCACUGACAGAGUUCACAUUGUCAUUGACAAACUUGUCCACAAACUUCUGGUGGAAAAUGUCAACAGAGAUGAUGCAGGAAUGUACUCAUUUGUUGUUUCAGUUCAAGGCAUUUCUACAACUGGAAAACUGACUAUUCAAACAAUUGAAGUUGUAACCCCUCUAAAUGAUGUUCAUUCCAUUGAGGGUACAAAGGCAGUGCUAGAAGCUAAAAUCUCUGCCCCUGAUGUUGCUUCUGUGAAAUGGUUCCAAAAUAAAAAGCUCCUUGUACCUAGUGAAAGAAUCCAGAUGGUUGCCAAAGGGUCCAAACAGAGACUUGUCUUGAACAGGACCUUUGCUUCCGAUGAAGGACAGUAUAAAAUGGUCAUUGGUAGAGUGGAAUCAACUUGUAAACUGUCUGUUGAGAAGGUCAGCAUCAUCAAGCACAUGGAGGAUUGUGUGUGUGCAGAAACUCAGAAUGUCACCUUUGGAGUUGAACUAUCUCACAGUGGAAUAGAUGCUUACUGGACCUUCAAGAACCAGCCUCUCAAGGCCGGAGCCAAAUACAAAAUUGAAUCCAAAGGGAAGUGCUAUAGCCUCACCAUCAUCAAUGCCAUGAAGGAUGAAGAGGGCCAGUAUGCAUUUGCAGCGGGUGAAAAGACAUCCGGUGCAAAACUUACUGUAUCAGGUGGUGCUAUAAACAGGCCACUUUGUGAUGUGACUGUGGCAGAAUCCCAAACUGCUAUGCUGGAAUGUGAGGUUGCCAACCCUGACUCUGAGGGAAAAUGGCUUAAAGAUGGCCACCCUGUUGACUUCAGUGACAAUGUCAGGAGCGAAGAUAUAGGUGCAGUCCGCCGACUUGUCUUUGUUAUUACAAGACCACAAGAUAUUGGAGAGUACACCCAUCAAGUUGCAAAUUCCAAGACAUCUGCCAACCUAAGUGUCGAAGCUGUAAAAAUCAAGAAGACAUUGAAGAACCAAACAGUCACUGAAACACAAGAGGCAGCAUUUAGUCUUGAACUCACGCAUUUAGAUGUGAAAGGAUCCCAGUGGAUCAAGAAUGGAAUAGAAAUUGUCCCCAGUGAUAAAUAUGAGAUAACUUUUGAAGGCAUGGUUCACACCCUGAAGAUCAAGAAUUGCAACUCUCAAGAUGAAUCAGUCUAUGGAUUCAAACUUGGAAAACUCUCUGCUAAUGCUAGACUGAAUGUUGAGACUGUUAAGAUUGUGAAAAAGCCAAAAGAUGUGACUUCCCUACUGAAUGGAACUGCUUCUUUUGAGCUUAGUUUGUCCCAUGAUGACAUACCGGUUAAAUGGUUAUUAAAAAACCAAGAGCUAAAACCUAGUGCCAAUAUUCAAAUAAUGUCAGAAAGGAAAGCACACAAGUUGGUCAUUCAGAAUGUUGAAGAAAGCAAUGCUGGAGAGUACACAGCUGUAGUUGGACAUUUGCAGUGUAGUGCUUCUUUACAUGUUGAAUCUUUGAGAGUCACAAAGCCCCUGAGGAACAUUGAGGUUCCAGAGACCCAUGUGGCCACAUUUGAGUGUGAGGUUUCACAUUUCAAUGUUCCAUCCACCUGGCUGAAAAAUGGAGUUGAGAUUGAGAUGAGCGAAAAGUUCAGGAUUGUGGUGCAAGGCAAACUGCAUCAGCUGAAGAUCAUGUACACAAGCGGAGAUGACUCUGCCGAAUAUACCUUUGUGUGUGGAAAUGACAGAGUCUCUGCCACACUGACAGUUAGCCCUGUUCUCAUCACAUCUAUGAUGAAAGACCUGAAUGCACAAGAGAAGGACACCAUCACAUUUGAGGUGACUGUCAACUAUGAAGGCAUCACCUACAAAUGGCUGAUGAAUGGAGUAGAAAUCCGAUCAAGUGAAAGAUGCCAAACUCACACCAAGCAUUUCACUCACUUUCUCACAAUCCGUAAUGUUCACUUUGGAGAUGUUGGAGAGUACAAAUUUGUGGCCGGAUCUGCUAUAACAUCAGCAAAACUGUUUGUUGAAGCUCGUGUCCUUGAGUUCACCAAGCACAUCAAAGACAUUAAAGUUACUGAGAAGAAGAAGGCUGUUUUUGAAUGUGAACUCUCUGAGCCUAAUGUCACGGUAACAUGGAUGAAAGAUGGUCAAGAACUUGACAUUUCUGAAAGGUUCAAAGUCUCCACAGAAAGACAUGUGCAACGUCUGAUGAUCCAAACGGUGUGCAUGUCUGAUGCCGGUGAAUACUCUGUGGUUGCUGGCUCUAGCGUAUCUAAGGCCUACCUCACAGUUGAGGGCAAGGAUGUGCAUAUCAGUGAACCUGCAGAGAAAGAAAUCACUGUGUUUGAAAGACAACGAGCUACGUUUGAAUUUGAGGUCAACGAAGAUGACAUUGAGGGUCACUGGCUAAGAAAUGGAGUUGAGAUCCAGUUCUCUGUAGAUCAGCGCUUGCGCUAUGUGGCUAUUAGAAAAAUUCAUCGCCUGACAAUCACAGCAACCAACAGAAGUGAUGCAGGACAAUACACAUUCAUUGCUGGAAAGAACAGGAGUGUGGUGACCCUACAUGUCAACAUCCCUGAGCCACCUCAGAUUGUCAGGCAUAUGCAGCCUCUGUCUGUUGAAGCUGGCAAACCUGCACGCAUCUCUGUUGAGGUGACUGGAACUCCUCAGCCCCUGGUGUCUUGGUAUAAAAACUCUCAGGCUCUGUCUUCUGGCUUCAAGUGUAAAUUCCUCAGGGAGGGAAAUGAGCACGCUUUGCUGCUCAUAGAGGUCUUCCCAGAGGAUGCAGCUCAGUACAACUGUGAAGCAAAGAAUGACUAUGGAGUAGCCACAAGCUCUGCUUCACUUACUGUGGAAGUUCCAGAAGUUGUUUCCCCUGAUACUAAAGCACCACUAUCACCACCUGUGGUCAUAUCACCCGUACGUAACACUUCUGCCAACGAAGAAGUAUCUGCCAGUUUGCAGUGCCGAGUCUCAGGGGAAGUCACAAAAGUACGAGAGGAGAUUGAAGCAAAAAUUGAGGAAGAAGUCAAAGAGUUGUUUUAUAAUGAAGGAACUGAAUACACUGAAAAAGGAGGACAGCAAUAUGGUGCAUUGUCAGACCCAGAAGAAAGUGUAGAUCAUGAUCUUGUAGCCCCAUCUGAAAACAUUAAACCAUCCUUCACCAAAAAGUUGAAAUUUCAAUCUGUUUUGGAGGGUGAGACUGCAGCUUUUAGGUGCAAGCUAGUUGCAAUGCCUGCUCCGACGAUAUUAUGGUUUCAUAAUAACAGACAAAUACAGAAGGAGCACCAUCGUAAAAUACAUAUAGUAAGUAAAAUGCACAUGUACUCAACAAGUUUAACAAUUGAAGGGAUUAAGGAAAAAGACUCAGGCAGCUACAAAGUCAUGGCAAUUAACACAGAAGGAUCUGCUGAAUCCACAGCGUCACUUCUUGUAUCACUGAGGGAAGAACAAGGUGUAAAUUAUUUAAGUUAUGCCAGACAUUCAAACAAAGCCCACUCAAGCUCAGAUUCAUUAGCCGAUUCAACCAAGGAGAGAACAUUCAGAGUAGACCUAAGAUGUGUUGGCUCUCCAUUUGAUAAAACAAGUAAAGGACAAACAAAGGGCCGUUAUAAAUCAAAAAACUCUCUGUUCCGCUCUAUGUAUUUUAGAACUGCAUCCCCAUCGAGAACUUCAGAAAAAGAGAGCACAUUUGAAACGGCAUCAGAACGUGCACGUUCUCCACCUCCAAUGUAUGAGAGGUACGAGAGUUUCAAUGAUCGUUACAGUGAUAUAUACUGUGACAGAUUCACAGGUCGUGACCGAAACAGUGACCGGUUUAGUGAUAAAUUCAGUGACCGGUGUAGUGACAGGUACAGUGAUAGAUUUAGUGACACAGACAGCCUUCAUGGAGAGGUCAAAGCUAAACUGAGUCUCUUACAAAAGGCUGUCAAGAAGAAAAAGAGACUCUCUAUAUCUACAAUGUCUUCAUCUGAAUUUGAAGUGGAAUCAGUUACAAGUGAGCCUUGUUCCACAGAUUAUGUUGAGAGACUCAGAGUGAAGCCCUCUACUUUGCCUGAACUUCAGCAUGUUGUUCGCACUGGUGAGCAAGAUGAAAGUGCCAGAUGUUCAGCAGAAUUUCAGAGUAGACUGGAGAGAAUCACUGGAGUUGGCUCUCAAUCAACUGAGCGAAGAGUCAGACACUCCUUUGAACCUCAGUCAAGAUCUAGGGCUCUGAAAAUUAUAAAGGGUGAACUUCCUCUAGAGAAAGGUUUAAGAAAAGGCACUGAAGUUGAUUUAUCUGACACACUAAGGGAUCAAAGUAUCGUAUCCAAAGAGGAGUCUGAAAAGGAGAUAGAUUAUCAUACUUUAGUGCACAAAGUUGAUGAUAGACUUGGCCAGUGGGAUGAGGAGGCACAGGUCAAGGCAAAGGAACCAUUUGUGUUGCAAUGGCUAGAGGCAGGAGAAUCUUCCAAACAAAUGAGCAAUUCAAAACAGAUAAGGAGCCCAUCUCAUGAGGAACCAAGAGAUAAAAGGUUGUCAAGAGCAAAAGUAGUGAAGUCAAUUAAAGAAAACGUUAUUGGUGAUGAUGGUCUGCCAUAUGUAAGUAAAAAGGUUCCUGUACAGGAGUUGGAACAGAGAGCUGUGUCUGUGGAGAACAUCCUUGAGAAACACCAGGAGAGUGAGUGCUUAGAGAGUGACAAUCAGUUCUUAGCUCAGCACAUUCACAAAUGGCAACAGGAUGAAGAGUGGAAUGAAGAGGCACAAAUCAAGGCAAAGGAACCAUAUGUAUUGCAAUGGUUAGAAGCAGGAGAAGCGUCCAAACAAGACAGCAAUACAAAGGAGAUCAUCCCAUCACAUAAGGAGCCUCAAGACAAAGAUACUUUAAGGGCAAAGGCAGUGAAGCCAAUGAAAGAAAUAUUUAUUUGUGAUGAUGACCUGCAACAUGAAAGUAAGAAUGUUCUUGUACACAAAUUAGAACAGAGAGCUAUGUCUGUGGAGAACAUUCUUGAGAAAAACCUGGAAAGUGAGUGCUUGGAGACUGACGAUCAGUUCUUAGCUCAGCGCAUUCGAAAAUGGCAACGGGAUAUGCAAAUUGAUCAAAGAGAGACAGUAGUGCCACAGUGGUUAGAGCAAAAAGACUCUUAUACUCAUGAAUCUGAUGGUAAAACUCACAAAGAUGAAGCAGCUACUAUAAAAUCUCAAAGGGAUUCCUCAUUUUCAAAAAUUCAAAGAUCCCCACCAAAAUGCUCACAAGAAUGCACAGCAGAGAGUGAGUUGCAUUUAUCGAGAGAAAGAAUAAAUGAGCUGAAGAGUGAGAGUGAACACAUUGUGAGUGAAAAAGACGCUUUGUCCCAACGUAUAAUGAAAUGGCAACAGGAUGUACUGACUGAGCAAACACAGGCUGUUGAACUGGACUCUGAUUGGGGUGGUGUAAUGGAGAGUGCUUUAGAAAGAGCAGUACACAAAGAUGUUGAGUUGGAAGAGACGAGUAGGUUAUCACCACAGAGAACAGCAAAAGAUAGGUUCUUAAGUGAUAUUUCAUCUCAGUCCUAUGUAAAAGAUAUUUCUAAAAUGCAUAAGCAAAUUCAAAACAUUCCUGAGGCUGAUAGUGAGAAGUUAAGGACAGAAAGUGACUAUUUUGUCAGUGAGGAGGAGGCUCUCGCAAAACGCAUAAAAAAAUGGCAGCAGGACGUUUUAAUUGAACAUGAAGAAAGUGUUGAAUUAGAAUCUAAUUGGGCCAUAGCAGAACAUGUACAGUCUUCUGUUUUAACACCAGAGAAUAUGUUGAUGUCUACUGGUUUACCAACACCAGCACUUCAGUCACGUAGAACACUUGAAGGCUAUGUGGCUGAUAAAAACACUACAGAUGUGACUGAAGGUGUUGAAAGGCAGUAUUUGGCUGGUGAAGAUGUAGCUCAGUGGCAUCAUGGUAAUGUAAAAGCUGUGACAUUGUCUAAAAAAGAACCUGAUGUAACAGAGCAUCAGAAAAUACUCUCAAUUCAAGAAAUCACCCAUAUUGCUCCCACUGAAAGGACAAUGUCUAAGAGUGUAUUAAAACUGGGAGCGCCUGUCUUUGUGAAAACACUAAUGUCAGAUGUUGAGGUAAAGAGAGGUGAAAUGACUGAACUAAGUUGCCAGUUCCAUGGAGAUCCCCAACCAUCUGUUGCAUGGCUUAAAGAUGGGGAACCUAUAAUGCGAAACCCAGAUUUUGAUGUUCGUACCAAAGCAACGUCAUCAACACUGACCAUUUAUUAUCCAACCAUUGACCAUCAAGGUGUCUUCACUUGUAAUAUUGCAAACAAACAUGGAAAAGCAAGUACAUGUUGCAAUUUUAAAGUAAACAGUGAUGAUCAGACAAGAUCCAGUUUUGAGCCUCCUCAAGAAGUUAAAGUAACAGACGAGACAGAAUUAACUGAAGAAGAAAUGAUAGAGGAAGAACUUAAGUCACUAAUGACCCCUGUGCUAGACAGCAAAUACACAUUACAGGUACCUCAGGCAGUCAUCCACAUACCUCGGACUUCAGACACUUCCAUUCACUCCUCACCAGUUGAGAUCAGAGUAACUGCUCCAACACCUGUGUUUGAAAAUGUUGAUGAGGCUAAAGAUACAUAUGAGCCCAUUAAGAAAGCCUCAGAGUCACCUGUUGACGAUAGCGCCUCUCAAACUGUAAAGCAUAAGUUCAGAUUUUCUUUUGAUGUUGUUGGUGAGGCACCCCAGGUUAUUAGAGAGCUAGAGAACAUAAAUGUUUUAGAGGGCCAGACUGCUAUGCUUGAAUGCAUCAUAAGUGGUGAACCAGUACCCGAAGCCACAUGGUCCCAUUAUGGCAUUUCCCUUGAUCUUAAAACAGACAAAUAUAGACUUGAGGUACAAGACAAAAGAUAUAGACUUUACAUUGACAAUUUCACAUAUGUUGAUGCUGGAACAUAUAGAUGUAUUGCAUCUAACAAACUGGGACAGGUUGAAAGUUUUGCUGAUGUUUCUUUCAAUUCCACAACUCUGGACUCUGGAUUUGCAUCCAUUGCUAUGUCAGAAUUGAACCACCAAAUAAAAUCAGCUGAAUUAUCUUCAGAAGCAACUAUAGUUAGAAAAAAGUCUUUGCUAAGUUCUUCCAUACCAUCCCGAGAAAUUACUCUUAAAAGUGAUGAUCAUUUCACUUCAGUAAGUCCUGCUGAAUUUCAGGAUUUUGGCAAAACUGAUGAACUUGGUACACAGGAGGAUGAUCCCAAACUCAGGUGCAUUAUGAAACCAAUAUCAGACAUGCCGGUCAUAACAGGUAGUGGUUUGCAGUUAUCUGGCGCAGAGGUUAAAGUAUCAAAACUAAAACAAGCAUUUGAAACCCCAACAACUGCCAUUGGUGAGCAUGUUGAGACAAUAACACAGUCAAGGGAUGAGUAUUAUUUUCCUGUUGAAGAUAUUCCUGAGGUUGCUCUUGAACAUGAGCAAUAUGGAAAUAAACAAACAACUUCAAUGAAAGAGUUCAAAGCAAAUCCUACUUUGGCUACAGCUGAGACAUUCCCCUUAAGGACUCCCUCAGAUGUUGUAGAGGCAGGUCUGGAUAACUCAAAAUACUCUUUUCAAGAAAAGCCAGAGGAGACAAUGUCUUUUGUGGAAGCAACAUUAUUUGACUCGCACCAUUUUGUACCCUUAGCAAAUGUUACAGGGGCCCAGCAAUCGCCACCUUUAGUCAGACCCCAGGCUAGAUUGCCAGAGAAAAUGAUUAGCCAAAAAGACAGUUUGGCCAGCCCUAAAAUGGUCUCUGACUGCAUAGCUGAGCAAAGAAUUACAAAGGAGGAGGCAUUUGUUAGACAAAGUGAUAGUCAUCUUGUUGGGAGUGAAACUGAUAUCUCUGUUCAAGAGACUUUCAUUUCAGAAACCAAGGCACCACCAAUGAGUACCAUAAGCAUUCAAAGAUCACAAACGGAAUCUGAGGACAUGCCACAUGAUGAAGUUUGUCCAGUUGAUAUAAAGAGUGAUGUAAUGAAAGCAUCAGAUAUGGCAAAACCAGUUAGUGUAAAACCCAAAGUUGAGGUCAACAGAGCAUUACAAGCUGACUCAGCUUAUAACACUUUGUCUGAAGAUUCACAGUAUCAACAACAAAUGAAAAAAGCUGCUAAGCUAGGGGCUGCUGGUGUUUCCAAACUUGAGGAAGAAGAAGUUACUUUCAGUGCUGUUUAUGACUACUAUAACCCUCCAUCAGAUUGGGGAAGGCCCCUGUCGCCGGAGUCAGAAAUGUCCAUUGAAGUAGGUAGCACAUUCAGUGAGGAGAUGGCAGAAAUAGAACAGUUUUACACACCAGCUUCAUCCACAGAAAUUUCUCAAAUUCAGAAGUCACCAGAGUCUUUCCAUACCCCUUCAGAGACUCCAGGGUGGGUUACUACACAUCCUGAGUAUCCAUUUUCCCCUGAGGGACUUGAGAGACCCUCAACAAGCUCCAGUGAAGGUUUUUACUCCCUAGCUAAGUUCCUCAGUUCUCCAGAUGAUGAGGGUUUUGAAACGACUCCCCCUGUUUUUACUAUUGAUGAGGGCAUGAUUCUUCCAGAGGGUCGUGGUUCGCUAGGUAUAGGUACACUUCAGGAAAAAGUCCAGGGAAUCCCUCCAGCUUUCCUUAAGCCACUUACAAAAAGGCGAGUUUUUGAAGGUGAUUCCUUACGGUUUUGUGCAGAAGUUUUUGGACUACCCACACCAGAGGUGAAAUGGUUUAGAAACAAAACUGAGCUUGAGGCAGAUAAGAGGACUAGCACAGAAAGAGAUGGUGAUAACAUUGUCCUGGAAAUUAGGAAUAUCACAAAAGCUGACCAAGGGGAAUAUAUCUGCGAGGCUCUUAAUUAUGUUGGUGAGGCAAAGAGUGUUGCUUUAGUUGUUGUAAUAUCCCAGGAAGCAAGGCAAAUACUACCCCCUCCUGCUGUUACUCAUCAACAUGUCAUUGAGUUUGAUGUUGAAGAGGAUGAGGAUCCUUCCAGGUCUCCCUCUCCUCAAGAAAUCUUGUUAGAAGUUGAGUUAGAUGAGAAUGAGGUGAAGGAGUUUGAAAAACAGGUAAAGAUUGUCACCAUCCCAGAGUACACAGCUGACAACAAAAGUAUGAUCAUAUCCCUUGACGUUCUGCCAAGUAUGUUUGAAGAAGGGGCUGUGGAUUUCAUAACUCAAGAAAGUGAUGAUUUAAAAAUAGCUUUUGAAGUUACUGAAAUGCCUCCACGUUUUAUAAACCCUAUUUAUGACAUUGAAUCACCCGAAAAUACAAACGUAAUGUUUGAAUGCUCCUUAAUGGGUAUUCCCUCGCCAAUAGUUUCGUGGCACAAAGGCAAUAUGAAAAUUCCCAUGGAUAAGAAAAAGUACAUCCAUUCCUCAGAUGGUGACAAUCAUUUUCUAAAGAUUCUCAAAGCCAACACACAUGACAGUGGCAUAUAUACAUGUCGAGCCAUUAAUGUUGUUGGUGAAACCCUUUGUAGGGCAUCGCUUAUGGUUAUGAACCCUCAAUCAUUCUCAGGCAAGACAAGGGGAAGAGAAUUAACUGCAGUUUCUCUCGGAAGUGCAAAAAUUCAGCCUCAGAAGUUUGACUUGGUUGUUGGGAAUUCAUCAUUUGAUGGUGAACAAACAUCAGAGAUAGAGCUUGAAUUUGAGUUCCAACAGGAAGCCGAUGAGUCUCAGAAAGCAGUUAGACUUGUUGCUGUUACCGAUAACGAGACAAGUGAGCAAGGAGAGAAAUAUGUUAGUAUAAACUUUGAUGUCUUUGCUGAACCCUCAAAAGAUGAUAAAAUAGAAUUCAAAGGUAAAUCAUCAAACACUUGUAGUUUUCAUUUUCAGGUCACUGAAAUCCCCCCUAAAUGUAUAAUCCCAUUGAAAAAUGUCACUGCAGCUGUAGGUACACCAGUAAUGCUUCAAUGUUUAGUGAGUGGUAAGCCAAACCCUACAGCAGAGUGGCACAAAGAUGGUGCUCCUGUGAAAAAUGCUAGAUAUAUUAUCCAGGAAAAAGCAUCAGGACAUUUCAAUCUGCUUAUAACAAAUGUAACUCAUGGUGAUUCUGGUGAAUUCAAAUGUAUUAUCCAAAACAAAGCUGGUUAUACUGAAACAACUUCGUUGUUAAAGGUGUUUUAAUUUGACAGAAGUUUAAAUGUGUGGUUGAUGAAACAAUGUCAGACAGGUUUGUUGUUUUGUUUACUUUUGAUAGAUGUAAUGUAUUACAAUUGUAAAUUAUUGUGAAAUUUAUGUAUAGAAACAUUGCUCAACAUGCAUUCAUCUCUUUUGUUCAGUGGUAUAUUUUUGUAGUUAUUGAUCCCUAAUUUAUUGAGCCUGCCUUUAUGCUCCACUUUGAAGUUUAAGAUUAAGAAUUUACAGUUUUUUUUUUUUUUUCUCUCUGUGUAUACUGGAAUCAUCUAUCACAAGUUAUACUAUUGUUUAGUUAAAUACAGAUACAAUGUUACAUUAGGCUUGUAAUGGCUUGCCUUGAGAAACCCACUUAUACAUUUGGUAAUGAAAUAUAACUAUUACAAAUGUCUACCAACAGAUUUUCUGAGGCUUUCGAGCACUGAUUUGAAAGAUAAAAUUAUGCUUUCUUCUUAAUGCAUGCCCAGUGUAAUAGAUUUUAGAUAUAUCAAAUUAAAAAUACUAGACACAGGUUUUUAUUUUCUUUAAAUUAAAGUGCAUGAUAGUUUUAUUUUACCCCUUUUGUGUUUUUUUCCCUUUCAUUUUAUUUGAUUGUUAACUGUGUGAUCAGAAAUGUUUUAAGGACAAAUCAUUUAAAUUCCUUACUCAAGUUUCUGCAUUAAAAGUGAUACUGUAUAAUGAUAAAAAAAGGUCCUAUACAGUUUUAAAAAAGUCAGCAUAGAUUUUAAGAUAUUAAUUUUAACAUUUGUGUUGUAUAGUUCGAUCAUAUUUUCUAAAGAUGGUGUGUUAAAUAUUUAACAAGUUGUAAAUAAAAUACAAAUAUUAAAACAAAAAAUAGUAGUAGUUAGGGUUACGAAAUGAAACCUAUUAUAAUAAUAAUAAUUAUUAUUAUAGCUUGCAUCUGCAGUAUUUCCUCAUUUUUAUGACCUUCCAUUUCAUUUAAGGUAGUUAAUUUGAGUUAUACAAAGGUCAGCUAUUCAAACCAGCCAAUGUGUCAUAAUUUCAAAUACAAAUGUGCUGUUCUACCCAUUUAUUGUAAUUGAAUGUACAUGAAAAGUAAAUAAAAUUAUGAUGAAAAUGUUUAGCCUCAUAUUACUCUUUCUUUUUAAUCUCUUAAGGGCAUUAUUAUGUCCGCUUCUUGACUAAUUCUGCUUGUCCACCAUCUUAAUCUUCCCUUGUACUUCAUGUGAAUAAUUUUGU